UGCAACCUGGAGAGCCAAAAGGAUGCCUGCACCACGGAGAAACCGUGGAAAUGUGGAGACUGUGGGAAGAGAUUUAAUUAUCCUUCCAGGCUAGAAAUUCAUCGACAAAGUCACACUGGAGAGAAACCGUGGAAAUGUGGAGACUGUGGGAAGGGAUUCAAUUAUCCAUCCCAGCUGGAAAUCCAUCGACGCAGUCACACUGGUGAAAAGCCAUGGCAAUGUGGAGUCUGUGGGAAGGGAUUCAGUUACCCAUCCCAGCUGGAAACACAUCGGCGCAGUCACACGAGAGAGGGGCCCUUGACCUGCUUUGACUGUGAGGAAGGAUUCGUUGAUGCAUCCAACUUGCUGACAGCUAAGCAACUUCAUGCUGAGGUGAAGCCGUUCAGCUGCACUGACUGUGGAAAGAGGUUCAGGCAGUCAGCCAGCCUCACUGUCCACCAGCGAGUUCACACGGGGGAAAGACCGUUCGGCUGUACUUUCUGUGGGAAGACAUUCAGGCAGUCAGGUGACCUCAUUGAACACCAACGAAUUCACACUGGGGAGAGGCCAUUCACCUGCUCUGUAUGUGGGAAAGGAUUCACUCAGUCAUCCAACUUGCUGACACAUCAGCGAGUUCACACUGAGGAGAGGCCAUUCAUUUGCCCUUACUGUGGACAGAGGUUCAGGCACUCGGGCACCCUCACUGUACACCAGCGAGUUCACACUGGGGAGAGGCCAUUUAUCUGCUCUGUAUGUGGGAAGGGUUUCAGUCACUCGUCCCACUUGCUGACUCACCAACGGGUUCAUACUGGAGAGAAACCAUUCACCUGCUCCGUGUGUGAGAAGGGAUUCACUGAUUCGUCCACCCUACUGAAACACCAGCGAGUUCACACUGAGGAAAGACCAUUCAGCUGUACCUACUGUGGAAAGAGGUUCAGGCAGUCAUCUGACCUCAUUGUACACCAGCGGGUUCACACUGGAGAGAAACCAUUCACCUGUUCCGUGUGUGGGAAGGGAUUUACUGAUUCAUCCAACCUGCUGAAACAUCAACGAGUUCACACUGGGGAGAGACCAUUCACCUGCUCUGAGUGUGGGAAGGGAUUCAUUGAUUCAUCCCAACUGCUUAGACACCAGCGAGUUCAUGAACACAAGGACAUGCAAAGCAUGGAGAAACCGUGGAAAUGUGAGGACUGUGGUAAAGGAUUCAAUUAUCCAUCUCUGCUGGAAAUUCAUCGACGCAGUCACACCGGUGAGAGACCAUUCAUCUGUUCGGUGUGUGGGAAGGGAUUUACUAAGUCGUCCAGCCUCAUGUACCACCAGCGAAUUCACACUCAAGAGAAGCCGUUCAGCUGCACUUACUGCGGAAAAAUGUUCAGACAGUCAUGCAACCUCACUGCACACCAGCGAAUUCAUACUGAGGAGAGGCCAUUUAGCUGUACUCACUGUGGAAAAAAGUUCAGGCAGUCAUCGAAUCUCACUGCACACCAACUAAUUCACACUGGGGAGAAGUCGUUCAUCUGCUCUGUGUGUGGGAAAGGAUUUGCUCAGUCAUCUGGCCUUUGGUCCCACCAGCGAAUUCACACUGGGAAGAAGUUAUCCAGUGACACUUGCUGUAGAAAGAGGUUAAAGUCUUCAGCUGACCUCACGUCACAAGGUGAUCCUGGAGAGAAGCCAUUUACCUGCUCUGUGUGUGGAAAGGGAUUUAGUCAGUCAGGCAGCCUCCUGUUACACCAGCGAAUUCACACCGAGGAGAGGCCAUUCAGCUGCACUCAAUGUGGGAAGAGGUUUAAGCAUUCAAACACUCUCACUGCACACCAGCGAAUUCACACUGGGGAGAAGCCAUUCACUUGCUCCAAGUGUGGAAAGGGAUUUGCUCAGUCAUCCAACCUGGUAGUACACCAGCGAAUUCAUGCGGAAGAAAAACCUUUAAACUGCACUCACUGUGGAAAGUGUUUCAGAUCUUCAUCGAAUCUCAUUGCACAUCUGCGCACUCAUACUGGGGAGAGACGGUUCAUCUGUUCUGUUUGUGGGAAGGGAUUCACUCAGUCAGCCAGCCUCAUGUUACACCAGCGAAUUCACAGUGGGGAAAUGCCAUUCAGCUGCAGUCAGUGUGGAAAGAGGUUCAGACAUUCAUCCACCCUCACUGCACACCAGCGAGUUCAUACUGGGGAGAAGCCAUUCAUUUGCUCCGUAUGUGGGAAAGGAUUCACACAUUCAUCCGGCCUUUGGUCUCACAAGCGAGUUCACACUGGGGAGAGACAAUUCAGUUGCAUUGCAUGCGGAAAAAGAUUCAGAUCUGCAUCUGAUCUCAAUGUACAUAAGCGAGUUCAUACUGGGGAGAGACCAUUCACUUGCUCCACGUGUGGGAAGGGAUUUACUCUGUCAUCCAAUCUGCUGACACAUCAGAGAAUUCAUAAGCGUAAACAGAGUAAGAAUUCUGCUGUUAAUCACAUUCAGGAUUAAUAGUUGAUAAUUAGUACUUGACAAUAUCUCUGUUGAUGUUAAAACCCCAAUAAGUCAUAGAGUCUUACAGCAUGGAGACAGGCCCUUCGGCCCAAACUGGUCUAUGCUGACCAAAAUGUCCAUCCACACUAACUCCAUUUCCCCGCAU